AUGGGUCACAUAGAAAACCAAGGAAAUGUUGGUGCAGGUGUCUAUUCUGAACUCUUCUCAUUCUACGCAACAGCUGGACAAAAUAGGACUUCUUUUGAAGGAGAAAUAGAGGCCAUUAGGACAACACUGUGCCAAUUAUUUUGCCUGGAUAUGAAAUUCACCAAAGCGGUGAUACUUUCGGACUCACAGUCAGCAAUAAACUCAAUUGAAAAUAGAGAGACACACAAAACAGCUGAGAUAAAGGAAUGUAGAAAAAUCUAUGAGCUGCUGAGAGAGAAAAACAAAACAUUGGUCCUAAAAUGGAUUCCUGGUCACUGUGGGAUUAAAGGCAAUGAGCUUGCUGACACACUUGCUGAGAAGGGGACAACGAUUUUGCAGUGCAUGGACAGGCCGAUGUCUUUUCACACAAUGAAGGCCUUAAUCAGAAGGGAAUUCAAGACCUCAAGGUGCAACGAACUUAAAACUCGAACAAAGGAGAAACAGUGGAUAGUGGCACUCUCCGACAUACCCGACUGGCCAAGAAUUGAAGCCGUUGCUGAGUUUAGACUAGGUACCGGACACGAUUGCUUAGCAAAACACCUUCACAGAUUGGGAAUAUACACUCAAUUCACAUGCCCACUAUGUAACCUACAGAGUAUACACUCAAUUCACAUGCCCACUAUGUAA